UAUAAGAAUGAGCUUUGAACGUUAUCAUCCAUCCAAAUUAAACAUGGAAUCUAAUGACAGCAAUCACCAUCACAAUGGCAACAAUCAUGUCCACUUAAAAUAUGCUCCUGUCAAAAUUAUUCACAACGAUAUCGCCAAUAGUGAGGAAAGACGCAAAUAUCCAUAGUUAAAUCUACGCUUCCAACCAGCAGAUGAAACCAUUGUAAUCAUGUAUCCUAAAGUAGACUCGCCAAGAUCCAACUGUAACCAUCCCUCUUAGCUUCCUACAAUAACUAAUUUAAUAAGCCUAUUCCAAUAAAUAAUUAAGAACUCUAAAUAACCCCUCCUUUCGAGUCGAAGAGAACAGAAAUGACGCAGUGGAGGAACUAAUCAAAUAGAUCGAAAUCUAACAAAAAGGAUUCUACCCUAUUGAUGGUAUAUAUAAUAUGUUAUAUUUUUAUAAUAGAAGAAAAAAAAAUAUAAAAUGUUCUAAUCUAAAAUUAAAUGAAUUUUAUUUUUUAACAUGAAGAAGCAAUUUAAAUUAUUGAAACCUACUUUUCAGAUAACACUAAUCUCAAGCCCCAUUUCAAAACGUGGCUCUAACAAUUAGAAUUAAAGGCCAUUUAAGAUAUGCUGAUCUUGUGUCAUUCUGAUUCCAAAGGAUAAUAAUGCUAAGAUCUGUUUAAAGCCCUAUUCUAAAAGUUGUCUAUUGAAUUCUAUCAAAAACAUGCUUACGCCUAGGUCUUAAGAAGCGAUCAACAAGAAAAGCUCAAAUAUCUCUCCCAAAUAGGAGAAAUUUUGAAUAAAAUAACGAAACCAUAAGAGUAUUAUUAUUUUAAGCAACGAUGA